UCUUCGAUCGAAACCCCUUCACUGUAAUGCUCCGACAGCCUCUCUAAUGGUGAAAGAAUUUUGAUCCAAAAUGGCGACUGUUCUUCAAGACUUCAUUUCUAUCCACUGUUGGAUUAGUUUUCUUUUUCUUUUUGCAGUUGGGGACAAUUUUGGAACAGAAAUCUCAGCCCUUUUGGAUAUCAAAUCUAAUUUGAUCGAUCCCUUCGAUCAUCUCAGCAACUGGAAUGUUUCCGACAACAAUGCUGCAAGAACGCCGGCGCCGGCGCCGCCGUAUUGCAACUGGACCGGCAUCGUCUGCGGCGGCGCCGGCGGCAUCGAAACGUUGGACCUGUCGAACAUGAAUCUCACCGGAAAUGUGUCGGAAAGGAUCGGAGAUUUGAUCGGCCUUUCGCAUCUCAACCUCUCCGGCAACGGCCUAUCGUCGGAGCUUCCACGAUCGCUGUCGAAUCUGACGUCAUUGAAGACGAUCGACGUCAGCCAGAACAACUUCGCCGGAACUUUCCCGGCAGGCGCCGGAAAAUUCUCCGGCCUGAUUAGCAUCAACGCUUCGAGCAACAAUUUCCAGGGCGAUAUUCCGGCGGACCUCGGCCUGGCGGCCGCCCUCGAAAGCCUCGACUUCCGGGGAAGUUUUUUCCAGGGAUCGAUCCCCGGAACUUUCCGGAACUUGAAAAAAUUGAAGUUUCUCGGCCUGUCGGGGAAUAAUCUCACUGGAAAACUCCCGCCGGAGCUCGGGGAGAUGUCGGCGUUAGAGACGAUGAUUCUCGGAUACAAUGAAUUCGACGGUUCGAUUCCUCGGGAAUUCGGUAACCUAUCGAAUCUUCGGUACCUCGACUUAGCGGUCGGGACGUUAAGUGGUCGGAUUCCGACGGAGUUCGGUAAGCUGAAGAGGCUGACGAUAGUAUACCUUUAUCAGAACAACUUCGGCGGAGAAAUUCCGAUGGAAGUCGGGAAUAUGACGUCGUUAGUUUAUCUCGAUUUGUCGGAUAAUAUGUUUACGGGACGGAUACCAGACGAGGUAGCGGAGCUGAAGGAUCUGCAGUUGUUGAAUCUAAUGUGUAAUAACUUGACCGGUCGGAUUCCGGCAGGGCUCGGCGAUUUGACGAAGCUCGAGGUCGUCGAGCUAUGGAAGAACUCUUUGACUGGGGAUUUACCGGCGAACCUCGGUAAGAACUCGCCCCUUCGAUGGCUUGACGUCUCGUCGAAUUAUCUUACGGGUGCAAUCCCGCCGGGUUUGUGCGAUUCGGGUAAUUUAACUAAGCUCAUCUUGUUUAAUAACUCGUUCUCCGGCGGGAUUCCGAUCACCUUGUCGAGCUGCUUGUCUCUUGUUCGGGUUAGGGUCCAAAACAACGAUCUUUCGGGUGCGAUACCGUACGGAUUCGGAGCUUUACCGUUGUUGCAAAGGCUCGAAUUAGCCGAUAACAAUAUAAGCGGCGAAAUACCGCAAGAUUUCGCCCUCUCGAUGUCGCUCUCGUUUAUCGAUAUUUCCGGGAACAACUUGGAGUCGUCGUUACCGGCGAACAUUCUUUCGAUACCGAGUCUUCAGACAUUCAUCGUGUCUUCUAACAAACUUUGCGGAAACGUUCCGGAUCAAUUCCAAAAUUGCCCAUCGUUGUCUGUCGUCGAUCUCUCGAACAACGGUUUCUCCGGGAGAAUCCCUCGGAGUAUCGCUUCUUGCGCAAGAAUGGUGACUUUAAACCUCAGAAGCAAUCGUUUCAUCGGAGAAAUCCCGACGGCCUUAGCCACAAUGCCGACUCUAUCGGUUCUCGACCUUUCGAACAACUCCCUCGUCGGGAGGAUACCCGAGAACUUCGGAAGCUCCCCUGCCCUCGAAACGCUAAACGUAUCGUACAAUAAGCUUUACGGUCGGGUCCCGAGCAACGGGAUAUUAUCAACGAUCAACGUGAACGAUCUCGUCGGAAAUCCCGGCCUAUGCGGUGGAGCGAUACUCCCGCCGUGUCCGCGGGAUCUAUUCAGGGCAUCCAGGUCGAGAAAAGCCCAAGUAAAAAACGUAGUAAGAGGGCUCGUCGUAGGGGUAUCGGUCAUUUUAUCGCUCGUGAUCAUCGCUCUCGCAGGAUUACAAGCGUACAAAAAGUGGUACUUAUGCGGAAAUGCGCUCACCGAUUUGUUCAAGAAGCAAAACUCUGAGUGGCCGUGGCGGCUCGUCGGAUUCCAAAGAACGAGCUUCAAGGCGUCCGACGUGCUCCCUUGCCUAACAGACGUAAACGUGAUAGGCGUCGGUGGGACGGGAAUCGUGUACCGGGUCGAAGUCCCGCCGCCUCACGGCGCGGUCGCCGUGAAGAAGUUGUGGAGAUCGGGCGGCGACAAUCUUUUCACCGAAGUAAACCUUUUAGGGAAGUUAAGGCAUCGGAAUAUCGUAAGGCUUUUGGGGUAUCUUUACAACGAGACGGAUAUUAUGAUGUUGUACGAGUACAUGCCUAACGGGAGUUUAGGCACGGCGUUGCACGGGAAGCAAGCCGGGAAGAUACUCGUCGAUUGGGUGUCGAGGUACAAUGUUGCACUCGGCGUGGCACAAGGUCUCGCGUACCUUCACCACGAUUGUCGACCGCCGGUGAUCCACCGCGACGUGAAGUCGAAUAAUAUUUUGUUGGACGGCGACUUUGAGGCGAGGCUUGCCGAUUUCGGCCUUGCGAGGCCGAUGCUACACAAGAACGAGACCGUCUCGAUGGUAGCCGGAUCGUACGGAUACAUUGCGCCAGAGUACGGCUACACAUUGAAGGUAGACGAGAAAAGCGACAUAUACAGUUACGGAGUGGUGCUUCUGGAGCUUCUCACCGGAAAGGCGCCUUUGGAUGCGUCAUUUGGGGAAUCGAUCGACAUAGUCGAGUGGGUUCGGAAAAAGGGGAACAAGGCCGUUUUUCUCGAUCCUGACGUUGCAGGACAAUGCGAGCACGUGCACGAGGAGAUGCUUCUCGUCGUGAAGAUCGCGCUUCUUUGCACGGCGAAGCUCCCGAAGGAUAGGCCGUCGAUGAGGGAUGUCGUGAUGAUGCUCGGCGAGGCGAAGCCCCGGAGAAAGAGUGUUUGUGAGAGUUGGGGAUAUGGUGCAAAUAAGGAGAGACUCAUAUUUGCACAUUCACCUGUUAUAGGCCUUCUUUAGAUUUAUAUAAUUACAUAUACAUAUGCAUAUAUAUAUAUACACUGUGUAUUAAAAGUUGUAUUUUUUUUAAAUUUUUUUAUUGAUGUGAGAAUCUGAAGUAAAUUGGUCUGACAAGACAAGUCAUAUUAGGUGAAUAUGUGUAGUAAGUAAGAUUUGAAGAUAUCAGAAAUUUGAAUAUA